GGAGCUUCUCUGCUUAGCGGGGAGACGGUGCCACCUGCCCGGGACAGGGCUCCAGGGGACCCCAGCGACCCCCCCCACACCCCCGCUUUGUGGGGUUCGGGCCUGCGAAGACGCCGCAUCGCCUCUGGAUUGUGCUACCUUGGGGGGGGGGCUGCUGUUGCUGGAUUAUUUCGGGGUGUCGGUGUUUGAAGUUACCCCACUAGCUGCGAAGGGGCUUUGGACCCCCCCCUUCCCCGCGGAUGCGGCUUUGAGGGGAGAAGACGCGUGGAGCAGGAGUCUCGGAAGCCGGGAGUCUCUCCGCCCUCCCCAGCGCAGCUUCCACCGCCGGAGCCCAGCGGCAGGGAGCUGGAGGGGGGCUGCUGAGCCGCGGCCCGCUGAGCUCGCGUCCCCGCGCACCCCGGGGGCGAUGCUGCUUUACCGGUGAAGGAGGAAGAGGGGGAACCGCCGGGCCCCGCUGCCCAGCCGGCGCGGAGCGGCUCGCACCCAGCGCCUGCCGGACUCCGCCGCUCGCAAACGGGACUUUGCAGCCACUUCGCUUCUAGUCUAACCGGCUCCCCCUGCCCCGGGGUCGCAGCCUCCCCUGCUCCAGCCUUGGCUUCCAGGCGCCCCCAGCGUGGCCACAGGCUUCCCCCUGUGCCCAGGGAGAUGUAUCAGGGCUUCCCCGGAGACUACGACUCCACCUCCCGGUGCAGCUCGUCCCCUUCGGCCGAGUCCCAGUACCUGUCCUCGGUGGAUUCUUUCGGGAGCCCCACGGGCGCCGCCGCCUCGCAGGAGUGCAGUGGCCUCGGGGAGAUGCCCGGCUCCUUCGUGCCCACAGUCACUGCCAUAACGACUAGCCAGGACCUGCAGUGGUUGGUGCAGCCCACUCUGAUCUCUUCCAUGGCCCAGUCGCAGCCUCCGGGCCAACAGAUGUCUCACCAGCAGCCGCCACCUGCAGUGGACCCCUAUGACCUGCCCGGGACCAGCUAUUCCACCCCGGGGAUGGGCGCCUACAGCGCCGGCCCCUCAACCGCCGGAGCAGCCGCCCCAUCGCCCAGCUCCGCUCGGGCUCGGCCCCGGAGGACACGGGAGGAAACGGUGAGCUGGGCGGACUUGGGGGACAUUCUUCUUCUGUCGAACUUCCUCUGGGGCAUCAGCAAUGAGCUGACGCCGGAGGAGGAGGAGAAGCGCCGCGUCCGCAGGGAGAGGAACAAGCUGGCAGCGGCCAAGUGCCGGAACCGGCGCCGGGAGCUGACGGACCGACUCCAGGCGGAGACAGACCAGCUGGAGGAAGAGAAGGCAGGGCUGGAGUCCGAGAUCGCGGAGCUGCAGAAGGAGAAAGAGCGCCUGGAAUUUGUCCUCGUAGCUCACAAACCCAGCUGCAAACUCCCUUACGAGGACAUGCCCGAGCUGGGCGGCCAGCCCGGCCCGUCGGCGGAGGUGAGCUCUCUGGGGGUGCCCGUUAAGGACGACCCGUUCGGGCCAGCCGCCUACCCGUCUGUGCCCCUCCACUACCAGCAGAGCCUCGGCGUGCCGGCGCCAGGCGCGGCGGGCCCAGCGGAGGUAGCGUUUUCUAGUUCUUACUUUACACAUGGUGAGCCGCUGAGCGACCCGUACCCUGUUAACCCUUCAUAUACAUCUUCGUUUGUGUUCACCUACCCAGAGGGAACUACCUGCGGAGCCACACACCAGCGGAACAGCAGCAGCGACCAGUCCUCGGACUCCUUGAAUUCUCCCUCGCUACUCGCUUUGUGAAACAUAAACCAAACAAAGCCAAUCAAACCCGCACAUGCCAACGGGGUGUGUGCGUGUGUGGGCGGGGGACACGCUGCAAACUGACAGCCCUCAGCCGUGUGUGCCAUUAGUUAACUGAGGGGACCCCUCCCCACCCCCUCCCUUGCUGACACUUUUGGGGACUUUGUUUUAAUCUGGCCGGAGGAGCAGGAAGCUUUGGCACCGCCGCUAUGAGCCGGGAUGGACGGUGGAGCUGGGCCUGGCUCGCGGGGGCUGAGCCUCGGCUGUCUGGGGACUAAUCUGGCGGGGCUGGGGGCAGCGGAUUGUGCGGCGUCCCCUCCCCCAAUACCUUCUGUGAGCAGCUGACCAAGGUUUGGGACCUUGUGGGGAGUGGGCUGGGGUUGGUUCCCCCCCUCUCCCAUGGGGCCGCUCUGGCCUGUCGCCCUGCAUUGACUCACUCCCAUUACGCCCCCGCCCCCCCACGUCUUGUGGGUCGUGGCUGCCCCCCUGCGGGCGUGUGGCUCUGGCUGGGCUGGGGGCAGCCGUGGAGCACUGAGGCAGAGGCCCGUGUCCCCAGCUGCCUCCACUCUUGCUCUGAGGAGCUCCGUGGCUACAGCAGGGGCGGCCUGGCUCCCUCCCUGCGGGGUUGAACCAGAGCCCCAUGGGCUGGGCGGGAGCUUGGCCCGGAGGCCCCGGGUGCUGCCCUCUGGCUGUCCGAGCCACCCCGCCCCUUGGCCUUGUCUUUCCCGCUGCGGGAGUUGGGGAGUGCGGCUGCAAUGCCAGGAAAGGGCCUCGUGCCCUCCGUCCGCCCCCCUGAGAUACUGUGAACGGCCUCCACCCCCUGUACGGCCCCUGCUUUCCCUGCUGUUGUGAGCACAUGGUGUGCGUGUCCCCCUACCCCCCACAGGCUGCAGCCCCUCCAGCCCUAAGAUGAGCCCUCCCGUCUGGUGGCUUUUACCCCCAUCAUGAACCCCCCAUGGGAACCCCAUGUUCCAUUGACCCCCAAGCCUCCACCAGCAAGGGCCGGAUGAUGCCAUGGGAAAGAGGCCAGAUGCCACUGUGCCCCACUGCAGGCCUUGUGGGGCUGCGAGACCAUCCCUGCCGGCAGCUUUAAGCCCUGGGUGGCAACUCCAGGAGGUGGGGUCCCUCCCACUCCUCGGGGGCCUGUGCCCAGCCUGCCCCAACGUCUUCUGCUGGGGGAAGACUGGCAUCGCCCUGGGGGAUCCCCCUGGGCACCUGAGCAGAGGCUGCCCCCCGUCCCCUGUAGCUAGCGCCUGUGCGUACGUAGACCUGCCGCCGCUUUGGGCCGUGCCGUCCGCCCCGUCGUCGCCAGCACGUCGAGCGGGAGAGCCGUGUUGCUUCUAUCGCCGGGGCCUGCGCCGUGCCAGCCGCCGCGUGCCAUGUUCCGUACCCUCGUGACCAAGCUUUGCCCGUGGUUAACGUUGUGCUGAGCGCUGGAGUGGGGUUCGCUGCGGCCUUUUGCGUCUGGGACAGCGCUGGGGGAUGGGGAGAGUUUAGGGUUUUUUUUUUUUAUUAUUAUUAUUAUUUUCCUGUGCUGUAUUUUGUGACUUGUGUUUAUUGGGCGGCUGGGGGGGGCCGUGGUAAUGCCCAGCGCCCCUCCCAGCCCGCGCUGACUCAUCUGCAAAGUGGCCAAUAAAAACAGCUUUGAACAUGCA